CCUAUACUCAUCGAGUGAUCUGUCAACCCUGGUCCUGUGUCGCUAUGCGCGCACUCUUCGUUGUUUUAUAUUUCCUGGCUUCGUUUGGCGAAACACUCAUUCGAGCAGAGAGAAACGUGAAGACGAAACACUUGUUUGUGCAAAGAAAAGUACCACUUCGAGGUAGUUCAUUACCUCACCGUGAGAUCUAUCUGUCUGAAGAUGAAUCAUCUCAACGAUAUAAACGAUCGAUUCCGACCAUUCGCAAAAGAAAAAGCACCAAUAGAGAUCCAAUAGAUGUUGUGUUCGAUUUCAAUGACAAUCACUACAUGCUUUAUGUGGGAUGGAGUGGUUUCGAUGUCAGUGAUACGGUGGUUGUGCUGAGUCGAGAUAUUAAUCCAAAAGCUGACAGCACCAGUUAUCUCUAUAUCUCCAAUGAUUAUGGCAGAAAAUACACCAACAUGUCACACUUGCUCAAGUUCACGAAAGAUGGAGUUAAGAAGUACGCAGUGAUUGAGAAAUUUUAUAACAGCCCUCUGAAACCGAAAUGGUACAUCUUUGCCGAUACUACGAACAAUCUUUUAUUCGUUUCAAAAGAUGAUUGUAGAACACUAACGAAAGUUCUUCUGGGGUUUAAACCAUCGGACAUCACGUUUCAUAAUUCGAGGACUGGUGGUCUUAUUGCGUACGAUUCUAGUACAGAAAAGAUUCAUUACUCCAACAAUUUUGGGUCGUCGUGGCUAGUUCGAAGAGAAAAAAUAAGAUCAUAUUUUUGGGGAAUGGCUGAUUUGGAUUCAGACGAAGUUAUCUAUAUGGAAUUGAAAAAUGACUACGGCACCUCGGAUAUCUUGCGGGGUCACUGGAAUCAUGAUCUUAGUUCUGACAUGAUAAUGCGAAAUGUUACCGAUUUUGAAAUCAGCGAUGUUUACAUGUUUGCAACGAAGAAGAGCAAAAAUGGUCUUGAUUUGUAUGUCGCGUACCAUUACCACGACUUUAGAAAGGCGGAAUUUCCAAACACUCUCAGAACCGAGGAUUUUCUUAUUGCUGAUACGAGUGAAAAGCAGGUUUUUGUCGCCGUGAACCACAACUCAAACACAUCACAUUUAUACAUAUCUGACAUGACUGGCGUGAAGUAUACCUUGUCAUUGGAAAGGAUUCUCUUCUACUCUCCCGACCGGCAAAAAAAUCACUGGCUAAGACGUUAUAUGACGGAAUCAUUCGUUGAUCUUUACCCCGUGGCUUCAAUGAGAGGUGUUUACUUAGCAAGCCAGUUAUCGUAUGGUAAAGUUGGCACAAGGGCAAUCUAUACCGUCAUUUCACAUGACAAAGGCCGAUUUUGGAGGAGGUUGAGUGUUCCUGUGCGACAUGCGAACGGAUCGCAGGUCAACUGCAGCUCGUGGGAUCUAUGUUCACUGUACUUAGCCCAGCACUAUGCCCAGAGACACCCACGGUAUUACGCUCCAUCGAUAAUGUCAAAACCAUCUGCUCCGGGGCUUAUCCUUUCUUCCGGGAAUAUUGGUAAGCGUCUGACAUACGCUUCAAAUCUCUACGUAUCAAACGACGCAGGACGGUCCUGGCUUGAGGUUCUCAAAGGUCGUUGGUGGUUCAACUUUUGUGAUCAUGGUGGUGUAAUCGUCGCAGUUCGUCAGUGGUCGGCGACUAGGGAGCUUCUGUAUAGUACCAAUGAGGGUUUAACAUGGAAAAGAUACAAUUUUGCAGACCAGGAUAUACAUGUUUAUGGCUUGUUGACUGAACCAGGGGAAACUACAACUAUAUUCACUAUAUUCGGCUCGUAUCACGGGCACCAUAGCUGGUUAGUUGUGCAAGUUGACGUCAAAAAUGUUCUGGGGAGAACGUGCACUAAAUCUGAUUAUGAAACGUGGUCACCAUAUUAUCGUAGCCAUGGUCACGGCUGCAUUCUUGGUCAAAGACUUGAGUUCCUACGUCGGAAAAGAAGUUCAACUUGUUACAAUGGUAAAAACUACGAUAGACCAAUUAACACGACAAUAUGUCCCUGCAGAGGCCAGGAUUAUGAAUGCGACAGAGGUUUUAAAUCUUACUGGGGUUUUCUUUGUCUACGAGAUAGCAGUUCUGGUUUUGAUCCAUACGCACCCCCCCGACCCUGUCCACCUGGGCAUACUUACAACAGGACUCAAGGAUACCGAAAAAUCUCAGGAGACAAAUGUUCCGUUAGUUAUACUAAGUGGUGGUAUGAGCCUUACGAAACUUCCUGUCCAAUUAAAGUUGACUCAGCGUUUCUUUUGUAUGCCGAGCGAACUAAAAUCCAAUACAUGGAUUUGGUGAAUUCAAGUCGAUCGACUGCGGUUGAGGGUCUCCGUGCUGCCGUCGCUGUGGCGUAUGAUAAGAAAGAGAAUUAUAUCUACUGGGCCGAUAUGAAGGACCACAAGAUUUUUAGACGCAAAUUAGAUGGCGAUAGUGCUGACAUGACAAUCGCUGGAGUUAAACAAGUCGAAGGCCUGGACUUUGAUUGGACCACCGAUAAUCUUUACUGGGUUGAUGCGGGUAAAAAGGUGAUCGAAGUUUGCAGAAAAGAUGGUCGCUACCGAAAAACUGUUCAUUCUGAUGAUCUUGAUAGACCUCGCGCACUGGCACUAGAUCCACCUUACGGGCAGAUGUUUUGGACUGACUGGGGAAGCACUGCCAAGAUAGAGAUGUCAGAUAUGGAUGGAAAAAACAGGAGGACUUUGGUCGACAAAGACCUUGUCUGGCCAAAUGGGCUGGCUAUUGAUAUAUAUAACCCAAAGAGUUCGAGAAAUCUCUACUACACGGACGCCUUUAAAGAUAUCAUUGGCCAGUACGACCUGAUUACCAACACUACCAAGAUCCUCGCAAGCAGAUGGUCUCAUGUUGAUAAUUUUAAAUGGAUCAGCAUCCUUAAACAUCCGUACUCCAUUGCUGUGGACGAUCAAUAUGUAUAUUGGGACGACUGGCAAACUGGAAAAGUUUACCAAAUACACAAAUCUUUCAAAGGGAAACCGUUCAUUCUGAUUAAAAAAGCUGUCGGCAUGUCAAGCAAAAGCAGAUACGAGAUCAAAGUGUAUUAUAACAGUAGCCAAGUUGCCAAAAGCUCGUGUUCAGGUAUAAAAUGUUCUCAACUGUGUUUUCCUAAACCGAACAAUCAAUAUGCUUGCGAAUGUGGAGAUGACUUCGAGCCAGAUUCAAAGACUAAAGAUUGUCGAUGUAAAGGUGGUUUAAUAACAAUGAAGAAUGGCACUUGUUACAAACCAUCUGGAAUGUCGUGUGCACCCGACGAAUUCUUAUGCAAAAAUAAUUUCUGUAUACCUAUGAAUAUGAGAUGCGACUGGAAUAAUGACUGCGGGGAUUUAUCAGAUGAAGAGGGUUGUGGAGGCCAGAGUAUUUGUAAUAAUAACAAAACUCUGUUCGCUUGUCCAGGAGGAAGAUGUAUUCCUAGGGAUAAUUUGUGUGAUGGCAGGAAAGACUGCGAAGAUGGGGCUGAUGAGAAUAUCUGCAAAAAUCGUACAGCAUGCCCGAUUCCUAGCGACUUUCGCUGCAAAAACGGACAGUGUGUUUAUCAGACAGCAAAAUGUAACGGGGUCUACGAUUGCCAAGACCAUUCUGAUGAGGAAAAUUGUCCACAUUACAACAAAGGAUGUAAAAACCCUAGCGAUUUCUUGUGCGAGGAUAAAAGUAUGUGUAUCGCGGGGAAAGCACGUUGCAAUGGAUACCCGAACUGCCCAGACAAAUCAGACGAAAUCAACUGUGUACACUCCUGUCAUGAUGUGAAAAAUUUCUACCUCUGUCAAGACAGAAGUAAAUGUAUUUCUAUAAAAAUGACGUGUGAUGGUGAGGAGGAUUGCAUUGAUGGCUCCGACGAAUGGUGUGAUUUCAGCACCGCGACAACAGCAACCUCGACUGCUGGAAAACAAAGCACCUUUCCAACAACAAACCCAACAAGUCCAGAUCGUACAACAUGCCAGUACCCUGGACGCUUUCGCUGUACAAACGGACAGUGUGUUGAUCUGACUGCAAUAUGUGACGGAGUCUACGAUUGUACAGAUCAUUCUGAUGAGGAACAUUGUCCACAUCACAUCCAAGAACUGAGCACCAAGACAACAGCAACGUCGACUUCUAUUGAACAAAGAACCUUCAGAACAACAAAACCAAAAAGACCCGUCUAUAAUUCUCCAGGUACACGAAGUUCUGAUUCGCACUCAACAAAGAAAACGUUGAUGUGGGCCAUCCCUGCUGGCAUAGUGUUUGCUGUCUUGGUUGGAGCGCUGAUGUAUUUCAUUGUAAAGUCACGAAGAUUACAUCGUAGCUUCAAAUUUUAUCGUCUGUUUACAUAUCAUAAUGCUGGGGAUGACGAUGACGAUAUACCGCUUAUUCAAGGUUUUUCUGAUCAAUAUGAUGGCUAUCCUUUGGUAAAAGCUUGUUGACGUUAUUUCUCUCGUAGAACACUUGAUAUCUAUAUGUAUGUAUAUAGCUGGCAGAUCGGGUAGGCGGUGCCCCGCCCAUACGAUCUAUUCCUAUGGCAACCAUAACCAGAAACAGGUGCAUCAAUUUCUCUUGAAAAGGAAGUACUGAAAUGAAAGCUGCAACCUAAGCCACUGAAUCCAAACCUUGAGAAAGACUCGUGUAGGAUGACUUUCUCUUACCAUACUUAUAAUACCAAAAUUCUGCGACUAUCGAAAAAUAUAUUCUGUUAAACAGUCAUCAAACAAUUAUAUCCCAAUUGUUUAAACAAGCUACGGCUGCUACGCUGCUAUGGCAAAUUCUUAUCUUGCCUUGCUUUAACUGAAAGUAAACGCCUUGCCAAUCAAUCUCCAAAGCCAUUACAAUUGGAUGGUAGGCUUUUUAUUGAACGGAGGUUAUCAUUGGAAGGCUAAUUGUAAA